CUCCACCAUGGACAAGAGCAACACGGUGAAGCUCUUCGUGGGCAACCUGGCUCUAGACACCACCCAGGAGGAGCUUUCCGCCAUCUUUGAGUCGUACGGCCAGGUGGUCAGCUGCAGCGUCCUCCGACAGUUCGCCUUCGUACACCUACAGGUAGGCUGUAGAUAUCCCAUAGGGAGGGCUAAGGUCUAAGUCCCAAUUCUCUUCAGUUCUCCUGAAGUGUACACUUGUACACUUGCACACUCUUCGUCAUGGAUUUAACAAUGAUCUAAACGCCUUCUAGCCAAUGUUUACACCAACCAAUCCUAUUCUUUAAAAUCCCUGAUGAGGAUUGCACUACAGAACUGUUUGUUGGUUGUUUUUAAAUAGUGUUUGUUUUUGUGUGUACGAGUCCAUAUGGUACAAAAUGUAUUUCAUCAUUGAGUUUUCCUCACGUUAAAGUUUCCUAAUCUAAAUUAAUGUCUUAUCAUUUUUUAAAUUAAUUAAUUUUUCUAAUCUAAUAUAAUCUACUCCCAGGGUGAGGGUUCUGCGGAGCGGGCCAUCAGGGAGCUGAACGGCAGGGAGUUCCGGGGGAGGAACCUAGUGGUGGAGGAGUCCCGUGGCAGACCGCUCCACUCCACCAAGGUGUUUGUGGGGAACCUGUCGGGCAUGUGCACCACCGAGGACCUCCAGGAGCUCUUCCAGACCUUUGGUAAAGUGCUGGAGUGCGACAAAGUCAAAGGUGAGCCACGCUCCUUCUCAUUGAGGGGUACUCCAUGAGAAGGGAGUAGCCCUACGAGGGUGUCUCAGGGGGAUUUGGGAUAUGCAAUAAACACAUUUCCACUUCACACAUGCAUAACACACACUUGUACAUGUGUAAAAUAGGACAAAUAUAAGCACCCACCAAAUAGUAACAUUAUUAUUAUGGUGCUCACGAGGGUGAAGGGAGAGAUUGCUCAGUACGGCGAAGGGUGAAGUUGACCCUAGAUGUUGAUCUUGGGUGAGUUUGCAUUUCCCCCACUACUAGGGCGGCAGGAAGCCUAGCGGCUAGAUCGUUGGGCCAGUAACCGAAAGGUUGCUGGUUCGUAUACUCAAGCCGACAAGGUGAAAAAUCUGUCUUUGAGCAAGGCACUUAACCCAAAUUUGCUCCAGGGGCUCCGUACUACUAUGGCUGACCCUGACAAUAAAACAUAUGUGUGUUUUAAUGGUUAGGAUUGGGGGACGGGAAACUUAUCCUAGAUCUGUACCUAGAGGAAGUCUCACCACGGAGCUUACAGUACAUUAUGGCGUACCAGUGCUUGAAGUGGGCCGGCUGGUGUCGUCCGGUACGGAGUACAGACACCUAAUUCUCUACCGCUGAAGUACUGCACUUCUUAUAGAACAGGCUAUUGGCUUUAAUAUAUGACAGGGUACCAGCACCCAAAAUGAGCACCACCACCUAUUUCAUUGCACUGCAUACCGGUGAUGGCUAGUUGAAAGUGUAAAGAUCCAAGGUAUUCUUAGUUGUUUCGGGCUUUGUCAUUAUACAACUUUAAUAACAAUCAGGUAAGGUUUGUGUGUAGUUGUAUAGAGCAGUAAGAAAAGUGUGUGUAUAGAGCGUUAAGGUGUGUGUGUGUGGUUCUAACUGGUGUCCCUGCGCUCAAUGACAGCCAGGCUCUCCUCUUCUGCAGGCUACGCCUUCGUGCACAUGGAGAACAAGGAGGAGGCUCUACAGGCCAUCGAGGCCCUCCACGGCACCUCCUUCAAGGGACGCCCGCUCUCCGUGGAGCUCUCCAAGGUGCUGUAGCACGAUGCACUGACAUAGAAAUAGACCCCCCCCCCCCCCCCAUUCAAGUUAAUUGCCCUGUGAUGGGAGGACCGUCAAAUUGCUGUGGUCUGAGGGGUGAUGCCUGUUCUAGUGAUUCUAUUUCUGUGUACUAUAUUACCCAUACUGCCCUGUCUUGUAUAUCCAGUUAUAUGAUGGUGAAGGUGUAGCAUGGCGUACUACAGCAGUGCUUCUCAAACCUCUCCUCAGAGUCCCCCAGCCAUUCCAUGGAUUUUAACUUCCACAGCUAGCACACCUGAUUGACUUGUCAACUAAUCAUCAAGCCCUGACUAGGUGAAUCAUGUGAGUUAGUUUAGGGCUACAACAACAUUGUGAAACGUCCGGGGGUCCCGGACGUUUGAGAACCACUACAGUACCUAUAAUGCUCUGAGUUAUAGGCUAGAUGCAGUUGUCUCUUAGUAAAGACAGUUCCUGAAGCUAGCUAACAAAUGGUGUCUGUCUUCGUAUCCAUACAGGUGCAGCCCUCCAAGCAGACCCCGACGGGGAAGAUCCCCUGUGUAAGCUGUGGGAAGCAGGGCCACUACGCCGGGGAGUGCCCUGUAGGGAAGCCCUCUCUGGAACAGUACCAGAGCCAGGCGGCUGUGCUAGCUGCAGCCGCCGCUGCCGCAGCCGGCCUCCCCCUCCAGGUCCAGCAAAGUGUCCACAACUCUGUCUACAACACCUCGACCUUUGACCCCACCUACGCGGCGUUGACCGGCCUCACUACCGGCACGCGGGCGGAAGGUAACCCUGUCAACCAGGCGGUGUAUGGUGCCCUGGCGACGCAGGUCUACGGCGCUAACGUGGCCAAUCAGCUCUAUGGAGUCCAGGCAGCCAAUCAGGCGGCAGCGUUGACGCAGGCGGGCGCCACGCAGGUGUACGCCAGCUCCAUGAACCCCAGCCACGCCGCCCUCUACGGUCAGCUCAGUCAGAUUGCUGCCAGCCCCGCUGCAGCGUCCGCCGCUGCCUACUCCACACCAGUGUACGCGCACGCCAUGGCUAACCACCACCACCCGGGGGCCAUCUACCUGGCAGCACCUGGCGUAGAGAUGCCUGCGGCCGCUGCUGCAGUCAACCAGGCCUACGCCAUGGCGCCGGCACUCUAUGGGGGUGCCCAGCAUGCCUACGGCCACAUGGGGAUGGGUGCCGCCAUGAGCGCAUCGGCGGACCCGUCGGCGGCCAUCUUUGAGGCAGCGAGGGUGCAGCACUACUUCGCCCAGGGACAGCAGGUUCUGGCCGAGCAGCAGAACGCGGCGGCGGUGGCGGCGGCACAAGCGGCAAAGUCUGGAGAGAGGGACCGGAGUCCCCUGAGGCGCUCUGCGGGGUCCCUGCUGCCUGACCCCGUCAUGAAGCCCUUCAUGUACCAGAGAGCCCCCAAGCAGCGCCGGCCGCUGCUCCCCACCCCCGCUGGGCGAGCUGCAGAGGAAGCAGCGGAGGCUGGAGAGGACCCCAUGGCUAGGUACUACCACUUUCUUCUUCUUCUUAUCAAACCCUCUUUGACCCUUCACAAUUUAGUUAACUUUACACCAAAUUUCCAGUCGAGAAAGUCCACUAAGUUGAAUUUUCACUUAGUCUCCCAUCAUCAGUGCAGGACUGAGUGAAAAUGUUUAGUAUUCGCCCCAAUGUUAGUAUUCGCCCCAAUGCUUUUAGGAGCCCUUAACCCUGAUCGCUUUAUUGAAGACUCUUCUACCCUCCCCAAUGCACUACACCCUACACACUCUCUUCUCACUACAUUACCCUGUCUCACUACAAACCUUCCACAGACUUCAGGAGUGGUAGUGGACAUACUUAUUGGAACUGAAUUGCUCAGUACAUUAUCCUUCAUUGUCAUCAAAGACUCGCUUUACCUCUUGUACAUUUUCUGAAAACCUGUUUGUGUGAAAAGACUACAAUUCCCUACUGGUAGAUGAUCUAAAUCGCUCUAUCUGUCCCCCUCCCUUCCUCCCUCCCUCCGUGUGUAUCUUAGAGAGCAGUGCCAACAGUACGCUGAACACUACCAACAACAGUACCAGCAGCUCCAGCAGUUACAGUAAUUAGGCCAAUCCUAAUUUCCACUUCAAGUCAAAUCUUCUUUUAAGUCGAGAAAUUCCACUUUAAGUCGGAUUUUCACUUAGUCUUCCAUUUACAUCAGUGCAUGGCUAAGUGAAACUUUGACUUCAGUGGAAGUUAGGGUUCGCCCCAAUGGUUUUAGGAGCACUUAACCCAGAUCUCUCAGUAUUGAAUCCUCUCUGACCCUCCCCAAUGCACUACACCCUCUCUUCCUUUGCACGACGUGACCCUCUGUCUGAUGUUCAGACUUCAGGAGUGGUAGUGGACAUACUUACAGGAACUGAAUUGCUCAAGACAUUAUCUUUCAUUGCCAUCAGAGACUCUCUUAACCCCAUGUACAUUGUCUGAAAGCCUGUUCUUUGUGUGCAAAGACUACAAUUCCCCAGUAGAUGAUCUAAAAACGCUCUUUCUGAAAGGCUGUUUGUGUGGAAAGACUACAGUUUCCUACUAGUCGACACCUUUGUGUUAAAAGGCUACAAUUCCCUAAUAGUCAAUGAUAGUCGAUGCCUUUGUGUGAAAAGACUCCAAAUCCAUAACAGUCAAUGAUAGUAGAUGCUUUUGUGUGAAAAGACUCCAGUUCCCUUAUAGUCAAUGAUAGUAGAUGCCUUUGUGUGAAAAGACUACAAUUCCCUAAUAGUCAAUGAUAGUCUAUGGUUUGUUUGAAAAGACUACAAUUCCCUACUGGUAGAUGAUCUAAAACGCUCUAUCUUUCCCCCUCCCUCCCUCCGUGUGUAUCUUAGAGAGCAGUACCAACAGUAUGCUGAGUACUACCACCAACAGCACCAACAGCACCAGCAGCUCCAGCAGUUACAGUACGCUAUCUACCCUACCUACCGCCCCCCGAAAGGCUCUCUGUACCCCCACUCGAUUUUUUGUGUGUAAAAGACUGUAAUAUACAAUCCCUAGUAGAUAAUCCGAAACUCUUGUUUGUCUGUCUCCCUCCCCUCUUUCCUCCCUCCCUCCCCCUUCUCUCCUUCUCAUUCCCUCUCUCCCCAGGUACUAUGCAGAGUACUACCAGCAGUACCAGCAGUACCAGCAACUCCAGCAGUACCAGCAACUUCAACAGUACCAGCAACUCCAACAGCUCCAGUACGCCUACCCACCUCCCAACCACCACGCCAUAGCUGCCAUCCCAGCCCACGCCCUGGCGGGCCACGCCCACCACCACGGCCAGCCGGCCCACGUCACGGCGCUGGACGCCGCCCUCAGGCCAGUGGUGCCUGCCUCCGCCGUGGCCGCCGCCAUGGUGGCAGCGCCCAGAGUGUAUGAGCCGCCGCUGCCGCCGCCACCGAACCGCAAGGAGGCCGUCCUCCGCCGAGCCCCCGAACUCUCCCUUCACACGCCUGAGCCCCCCUUCAGA